AUGGUGCUAAACCAGUGGCUGUUCCUAUUCAUCGUCAUCUUGUCUACGGUACUCAUCAUUGCUGAUGUUACAAACUACAGCAUACUGAAGAUAGUAACUGUCAGUGACUCACAAAAAGAUGACCUACGUGAAUUGGAUCGACUCCGAGGACAUCAGAUAGAUUACUUACGAAAAGUCCGUUCAUCAGGACAGUCGGCUGAAAUGAUCGUAGACAAAAACGAGCUUCACUUUAUUCAACAAUUUCUCACACGGAAAGGAAUACUGAACGAAGUUCUUACGCAGAAUAUAACUCAGGAGAUUCAUCGAGAACGGCGGGCGCUACUGGACACAUCAAACGGCGAAAUCACUCUUGACCACAUACAGAAAAAAUACUUGUCGUUCGACGACCAGAUGUUGCUACUUUUCCAAAUGGCUAAAAGCUUUCCACAACUUGUUGAUGUGUGGCAGGUGGCGACGUCAAGUGAGGGUCGUAAGAUCUAUGCAAUUAAGAUUGGUUAUACCUCGAACUCAAGCAAACCGAUUCUUUGGAUCGAUGCUGGGAUCCAUGCACGUGAAUGGAUUGCACACUCUACGGCUUUGAACAUCAUCUGGCAGGUGUGUGACGUUAUUAUCUCGUUCAUGAUUCAUCAUAUAAGACACUUCUUAGCCAAAUGGAUAUUAUCGUUGUACCUAAUACGAAUCCUGAUGGUUAUGAAUAUAGCCGCAGAAGAAAUCGCCUUUGGAGAAAGACCAGAUCGAAAUUAUCCGUUAGUCGAUACAGCGAUCAAUGUAGCGGUGUCGAUGCGAAUAGAAACUAUCCAUUUCAUUUCGGAGAAGAAGGAGUCAGUCAUUGGCCAUGCCAGUAGAGAGAUUUACUGUGGUCCAAGAGCGAUGAGCGAACCUGAGGUAAUGGGAGUGGCAACGGCGAUUAUGGAGAAGAAAAAUGAAACCAAAGGUUAUAUAGCGCUGCAUUCUUUCGGACAAGACAUUCUCUAUCCAUGGGGACACAAAGCUCACGAAUAUCCUCCAGAUGUGGAAGAUUUGGCAAGCCUUCAACUAUUUUGUUAUUAA